AUGGAUGUCAUGACCAAGAAGCAGCGUAAGCUGUCCAAGUCGGUCUCGGGCUCGCGGUCGGUGGAUGACUCGGGCUCGGCGUCGUGCGCCCCCUCGCUCUCGCUCUCGUCGUCAGGGGAUGAGUCGGAGGAUGAGAGCUCGGAUGGCACUGCUGCGAGCAUGGGCUUUGCUGGUGACUCGUUUGCACAGUUCUCGUCGUCCGAUGACGGCGACGACGGCGCUGACGCCUCGGACGACGGCAACAUCAUGCUCGGCGACGAUGACGAUGACGAGGCCCAGGCGGCCGGGUCGACCGGCAAGGCUGGCACGCGCAAGCGGAAACUCAAGACUGGCGUUGUCUACCUCGGUCACAUCCCGCACGGCUUCUUUGAGCCGCAGAUGCGCGGGUUCUUCUCGCAGUUUGGCACGGUCAACAAGGUCAAGCUUGCCCGCAACAAGAAGACCGGGCGCUCCAAGCACUACGCCUUUAUCGAGUUUGCCUCCAAGACUGUGGCCAAGAUUGUGGCCAAGGCCAUGAACAACUACCUGCUCAUGGAGUCGAUGCUCGUUUGCCAGUACGUGCCGCGCGUCAAGGUCCACCCCAACACCUUUGACAAGCACGACGACAGGUUCUUCGUCAUCGACCACCACAAGCGCGAUAUCGAGCAGCGUUCAAAGCCCAUGACUGAGGAGCGUGCCAAGCUCAUCGCGAACCGGGCCGCCAAGACUGCCAAGGCCAACGCUGCCAAGAUCGCCGCCGCCGGCAUCAAAUACUCGUAUGACGAUUUCUCGUCGUCCGACGACGACGACGAUGAUUCCGCCCCGGUCGCCGCCCGCUCUGCCAAGGCUGCCGACGCUGAUGACGACGCUACCAAGGGCAAGGCUAAGAAGACCGAAAAAGCCAAGAAGACGCCCGCCAAGGCCAAGAAGGCCGCCGCCAAGGCCGAGGCCACCCCGGCCAAGGCCAAGAAGACGCCGGCCAAGGCCAAGAAGACCCCCAAGGCCAAGAAGGCCGCCGCCAAGGCCGAGGCCGAGGCCGAGGCCACCCCGGCCAAGGCCAAGAAGACGCCCGCCAAGGCUAAGAAGACCCCCAAGGCCAAGAAGACGCCCGCCAAGGCCGCCGUCGACGAUCAGUCGGACGAUGCCGAGCCUUCGCCUGUCCGCACCCGCCGCUCCACCCGCCGCUCCACCCGCUCGUCAAGAAACGCAUGA